CGGACGAAGGGAACGACGAACGACGCCAUUCAUCCACAGGCUUGUUUCAUCAGUUUAGUUUAGUGUUCAACUGCCACUCCCGUCAAGCGGACGUAUCUAUCCAGAGGCAUCACAACUUCCGACGAGAAACCUCCAAGAGUGCUGAGAUUAAUCAUUCCAAGAUGAAACUAUUCGACAACAUCAACGAGGACGUCUACCGGGCCUACGUCUUCUGGGCAUCGGUCCUGGUCGUCAAGAUGCUGGUCAUGUCCGUCCUGACCGGAAUGCAGCGCUUCCGCAAGAAGGCUUUCGUCAACCCGGAAGAUAUCGCCAGAACGCCCAAGCUGAAGCUGAAGACUGAUGAUCCGGAUGUGGAACGUGUGCGUCGCGCCCACUUGAACGACCUGGAGAACAUCCUGCCCUAUUUCGUGAUCGCCUUCUUCUACAUCCUGACCAACCCGGAGCCCUGGAUCGCUGUCAACCUGUCCCGUGCCGUUGCCAUGUCCCGUAUCGCUCACACAUUGGUCUACGCCGUGGUGGUCAUUCCACAGCCGGCCCGUGCCGUUGCCUGGCUCAUUCCGUACGCUUCGAGCUUCUACAUGGCCUUCCAGACGCUGUUGCAUUUCCUGUAAAACUGCUUCAUCCAUCCAAGCAAGCUGACUAGUUUUAAGGGUUUAUGGUGUCAUAAGAACCGUUUAGAUCUAAGGUGCGUGUGAAUUCAUUCUAAAGUCUUAACAUUUUCGUCGACAAGAUUGAAGCGAUAACUCAGGAUACGUGUGUAAGGUAAUUUGUAAUAAAUAAAAACGGAACAAACAAAC